AGGCAGCAGAAAUGGAAAAACUCUGUCUCCACACAAGCAAAAAUGCCUCCUUGUGAUUUUGUACCUGAAAAAUACACAUCCUAUCCAUAUGAACGUAUGCAGAAGAUUCGUGAACAAAAUAUUUCUCCUGCACUGCGAAUGUAUUAUAAGAAGCCAUUGCUGCUGCAUCAAGGACAUAUGCAGUGGUUGUUUGAUUAUAAAGGACAAAGAUACCUUGAUCUCUUUGCUGGAAUUGUCACUGUCAGUGUUGGUCACUGUCACCCGAAGGUAACUAUGGCUGCCCAGAAACAGCUUGCUCGCCUCUGGCAUACCACCAAUAUCUACAUGCACCCGUCAAUCCAAGAGUAUGCUGAGAAGCUGACUUCUCUUCUUCCAGAGCCACUUAAGGUCGUCUAUCUAACCAACAGCGGGUCAGAAGCCAAUGAUUUGGCUAUGUUUAUGGCAAGGAUAUAUACUCGUAACUUCGACAUCAUCUCUUUCAGAGGAGGAUACCAUGGAGGCAGCCCUUACGCGCUGGGACUGACAUCUAUUGGUCCUUAUAAGCAUGGUGUUGCCAAUGGCUUUGGCUGUUCAACAACAAUGUUACCAGAUGUUUUUCGUGGUCCAUGGGGAGGCAGCCAUUGUAGAGAUUCUCCAGUGCAAACUAUUCGAAAAUGCAGCUGUUCUGAAGGUGUAUGUCAUGCAAAUGACCAGUACAUAGAACAGUUCAAAGAUACUCUGAAUACCUCAGUGCCAAAGACCAUAGCUGGAUUUAUUGCUGAACCAAUUCAAGGGGUUAAUGGAGCUGUUCAGUACCCAAGAAUUUUCUUAAAGGAAGCUUAUCGGCUUGUACGGGAAAGAGGAGGCCUUUGUAUUUCAGAUGAAGUACAGACAGGAUUUGGACGAACAGGCAGCCAUUUCUGGGGCUUUCAAACACAUGAUGUGAUCCCUGACAUUGUUACUUUGGCAAAAGGAAUUGGUAAUGGCUUUCCAAUGGCAGCUGUUGUUACAACAAAAGAGAUUGCAAGUUCCUUGGCUCAAAACCUUCACUUUAAUACGUUUGGAGGAAACCCUUUGGCCUGCGUAGUUGGAGCUGCAGUUCUUGAUGCUAUUGAAGAAGAUGGUCUACAAAAAAACAGUGAGGUUGUGGGAACAUAUAUGCUACUGGAGCUGGCUAAACUACGGGAUAAAUUCGAGAUUGUUGGAGAUGUCCGUGGCAAGGGACUCAUGAUUGGAGUAGAAAUGGUGACAGAUAAGGACAGUCGCCAUCCUCUUCCAGCUGAAGAAAUCAAUCAGAUCUGGGAGGACUGCAAAGACAUGGGAGUUCUGAUCGGCAGGGGUGGACUCUACAGUCAGACAUUUAGAAUUAAACCUCCUAUGUGCAUUACCAAAAAUGAUGUCGACUUCGCUGUGGAAGUAUUUCAUUCUGCUUUACAGAGACACAUGGAAAGAGCAGCUGCAAAAGAGACUUGA